UCACCUUGGCAAUAUCCACUUACCUGUAUUUCCCAUAUGAUAUAGGCCUGUUGCCCUUCACACUCUCAAAUACUACUAUCACGACAUAUCUGCAAACACUUGAUAUAAAGUCUCUCAUAUAUUCCGCAAUCCCACCUUUUCAAGUCUGUAUUCACCUAUAAGUAGAUAUCCUUUUCCCUCCUUUCCUUUCCCUCUCUUACAACUUCUCCACCAAUAUGGCUAGACGCCACAGCAAGAAAAAGCCGCGAAACCCACCGGUCCGCACUGAGUCUAGUGGGAGCGAAAUACCCGUUUCCCCACAGCGCGUCGAUGCGAGAACGAUUCAUCAGCGGUCCCGAGGUGCGAGCGAGCAUAUAUACGGGCAGAGCUCAUAUGCUGGAUCCUGCGCGGAACCUGGGUUACCGGCGUGUACGAAUCUGGAUCAAGGUUUCAGCGAAGAAAGGACACUGCGUCAACUUGGGUUUGCGGGCGGGAACACAGCACAGACGAAUCCGUCAAUGCACAGGACAUGGGACGAAAGCGGAGUGGGUUUAUGGUGGUAUGCAUGUGGCUCUUAUACGUCGCCGGGUGGUAUAGCUCUACCAUCCACUUCUGGUGAGCGGGAGACAUGGCAGAAUUGUGCGUAUCAAGGCUCGUUCCUGCAUGGUGAUGUUGCUGCAGCUCAGAGAAAUGCGGAAGGCAUGGUUUUUAGGACAUCAUCUUGCGGCUCUGUAGCGAAGCGGGGAGAGGGGGGGCCGCUGUGGGAUGUUAAUGCGUAUUUUGCGUAUUUUGCGCCGCUGGGUACGCGUCAUAUGCAGGUGGUGGGUAAAGAGGAGAAAAGGGAAGGCAAGAAACGAAUGGGAAUGUGACUUUUGUGGACUCGAGUGCUUUUGCUGGGGUCUGACGGACGGAGUAGCAGACGAAGAGGCGGUGUCGUUGUAGACGGACUAAUUGGCGGGAUGGGAUUUGGGUGGCAUAUCGGGAGACGUUGCUGAGUGGCCAGAUUCCCAGUCGUUGGCAUUGAAAGGGAACUAUGCCGACUCACGUUCCAAGUUGG